AUGGAAUUGUUCUUUGUCGUUUUUUUCAUUUUGUUUCUUUAUUGUUUUUUUUUAUUGUUUCUUUCUUUGUCUUUUUUAUUUUUGUUUCUUUCUUUAUUGUGUUUUUCCAUUUUGUUUCUUUCUUUGCGGUUUUUUUCCAUUUUUGUUUCAUUAUUGUUUUUUUAUUGUUUCUUUCUUUGUCUUUUUUAUUUUUGUUUCUUUCUUUAUUGUGUUUUUCCAUAUUGUUUCUUUCUUUGCCGUUUUUUUCCAUUUUUGUUUCAUUAUUGUUUUUUUAUUGUUUCUUUCUUUGUCUUUUUUUAUUUUUGUUUCUUUCUUUAUUGUGUUUUUCCAUUUUGUUUCUUUCUUUGCCUUUUUUUUUUUCAUUUUUGUUUCAUUAUUGUUUUUUUUUAUUGUUUCUUUCUUUGUCUUUUUUAUUUUUGUUUCUUUCUUUAUUGUUUUUUUUCCAUUUUGUUUCUUUUUUUUUGCCUUUUUUUUUUUUUUUUUUUGUUUUCAUUAUUUUUUUUUUAUUGUUUCUUUCUUUGUCUUUUUUUUUAUUUUUUGUUUCUUUCUUUAUUGUGUUUUUCCAUUUUGUUUCUUUCUUUGCGGUUUUUUUCCAUUUUUGUUUCAUUAUUGUUUUUUUUAUUGUUUCUUUCUUUUUUAUUUUUUUUUUUUUUUUUUUCUUUUUCUUUUUUGUGUUUUUUUUCCAUUUUUGUUUCAUUUUUUUUUUUAUUGUUUUUUCCUUUUUUUAUUUUGUUUCAUUAUUGUUUUUUAUUGUUUCUUUCUUUUGUCUUUUUUUUUAUUUUUGUUUCUUUUCUUUAUUGUGUUUUUUCCAUAUUUUCUUUCUUUGCCGUUUUUUUCCAUUUUGUUUCUUUAUUGUUUUUUAUUGUUUCUUUUUUUUUUUGUCUUUUUUUUAUUUUUAUUUUUUUCUUUCUUUAUUGUGUUUUUCCAUUUUGUUUCUUUCUUUGCCCUUUUUUCCAUUUUUGUUUCAUUAUUGUUUUUUUAUUGUUUCUUUCUUUGUCUUUUUUUAUUUUGUUUCUUUCUUUCUUUGUUUUUUUCCAUUUUGUUUCUUUCUUUGCCUUUUUUUUUUUCAUUUUUGUUUCAUUAUUGUUUUUUUUUAUUGUUUCUUUCUUUGUCUUUUUUAUUUUUGUUUCUUUCUUUAUUGUGUUUUUCCAUUUUGUUUCUUUCUUUGCGGUUUUUUUUCCAUUUUUGUUUCAUUAUUGUUUUUUUAUUGUUUCUUUCUUUGUCUUUUUUUAUUUUUGUUUCUUUCUUUAUUGUGUUUUUCCAUUUUGUUUCUUUCUUUGUCGUUUUUUUCCAUUUUUAUUUCAUUAUUGUUUUUUUAUUGUUUCUUUCUUUGUCUUUUUUAUUUUUUGUUUCUUUCUUUAUUGUGUUUUCCAUUUUGUUUCUUUCUUUUGCAGUUUUUUUCCAUUUUUUAUUUCAUUAUUGUUUUUUUAUUGUUUCUUUCUUUGUCUUUUUUUAUUUUUGUUUCUUUCUUUAUUGUGUUUUUCCAUUUUGUUUCUUUCUUUGCGGUUUUUUUCCAUUUUUGUUUCAUUAUUGUUUUUUUAUUGUUUCUUUCUUUGUCUUUUUUUAUUUUUGUUUCUUUCUUUAUUGUGUUUUUCCAUUUUGUUUCUUUCUUUGCCGUUUUUUUUCCAUUUUUGUUUCAUUAUUGUUUUUUUAUUGUUUCUUUCUUUGUCGUUUUUCCAUAUUUGUUUUCUUUCUUUAUCCUUUUUUUUCCUUUGUUCAUUUUUGUUUCUUUAUUAUUUUUUCAUCAUGUUUCUUUCUUUUCCUUUUUUUCCAUUUUGUUUCUUUAUUGUUUUUUUUCCCAUUUUUGUUUCUAUCUUUAUUGUGUUUUUUUUUCAUUUUGUUUCUUUCUUUGUCGUUUUUUUGCCAUUUUUGUUUCAUUAUUGUUUUUUUUAUUGUUUCUUUCUUUGUCGUUUUUUUUAUUUUUGUUUCUCUCUUUAUUGUGUUUUUCCAUUUUGUUUCUCUCCUUGUCGUUUUUUGUCAUUUGUGUUUCUUUCUUUAUUGUUUUUUUUCCAUUGUGUUUCUUUCUUUGCCGUUUUUCCAUAUUUGUUUUCUUUAUUUAUCCUUUUUUGUCCUUUUCUAAAUUUUGUUUCUUUAUUACUUUUUCAUCAUGUUUCUUUCUUUGUCGUUUUUUCUUUUUUGAUUCUUUCUUUAUUUUCCUAUUUUUGUUUCUUUAUUGUUUUUCAUUUUUGUUUCUUUCUUUGUUGGUUUUUCUUUUCUUGUUUCUUUCUUUGUCGUUUUUCGGCAGUGAUUUCUUUCGUCCUCUUUCCUUUUUUCGUUUCUUUCUUUGUGUUUUCUUUUCCAUUUUUGUUUCUAUACUUGUCGUCUUUUACUUUUCUUUUUUCUUUGUGUUUUUCUUUUUUGUUUCUUUCUCUUUCGUUUUUUUCCCUUUUUUGUUUCUUUCUUUAUUGUAUCUCCAUUUUUGUUCCUUUAUUGUUUUUUCCUUUUUGUUUCUUUAGUUUUCUCCUUAUUUUUUAUUCUUUCCCCUUAUCUCACCCCACCCCUUUUAUUCAUUUUCUUUUUUGUCCUUUUGUUUUCAAUUCCUCCCCUUUUACAUUAUUUCUUUGA